AUGGUCCCUUGUAAGAACCACUGCUUUGCGGAACCGAAUGGUCCCUUGUUCGAACCACUGCUUUGCGGAACCGAAUGGGCCCUUGUACGAACCGAAUGGGCCCUUGUACGAACCACUGCUUUUUGGAACCGAAUUGGCGGUCCUUGUAAGAACCACUGCUUUGUGGAACCGAGUGGGCCCUUGUACGAACCACUGCUUUGUGGAACCGAAUGGGCGGCCCUUGUACGAACCACUGCUUUGUGGAACCGAAUGGUCCCUUGUAAGAACCACUGCUUUGUGGAGCCGAAUAGUCCCUUAACCGAAUGGGCCCUUGUAAGAACCACUGCUUUGCGGAACCGAAUGGUCCCUUGUUCGAACCACUGCUUUGCGGAACCGAAUGGGCCCUUGUACGAACCGAAUGGGCCCCUUUCGUACGCGGCUGAUACUACGGUAUUAGAAUACUCUCUUUCUCUAUCUUUCUUUCCUCCUCCUCCUCUUCUUCUUCUCUCUAAAUUUCUUUCUUUCUUUCUUUUUCUUUCUUUCUUUUGCUCCGUUAUUGUUUAUCUUUUCUUUAUUUAUCUUUCAUUUUCUUUCUUUCUUUCUUUCUUUCUUUCUUUCUUUCUUUCUUUCUUUCUUUCUUUUUAUUCGACAGUUUUUGUUCUGUUCCAUUUUGUUCUUUCUUUCUUUCCCACAACAGUCUGUUCUAUUCUGCUCAUUCUUUCUUACUAUCUUUCUUUCUUUCUUUCUUUCUUUCUUUCUUUCUUUCUUUCUUUCUUAUUCGUACGCGGCUGGUACUACGGUAUUAGAAUACUCUCUCUUCUUUUCUUCUUCUUCUCUCUCUAG